AUGUCAAAGAGACAACAACCUUCGAGAGGCAGCAUGCAAGAAUUUGCUAAAUCUGCCCAAAAUACGCCUAACAAAGUAAGAAAUUCAGAAAAUAAGAUACCCAAGACAUCUAAGAAAGCAAUGACAUCUGAAAAUCCCGAAGAAAUAAGCAAAAUUGAUGAGUUAUACACCAUGAUGAAAUCUGUCAUGGCAAAAUUGGAGAUGCUUGACUUGAUCAACGAGCGCAUUUUAUCUGUCGAGCAAAACGUGAAGAGCCUGACUAAGUCCAUUGAGUUUGCUCACACAGAAGUCGCUGAUCUCAAGGAGGAGAUGAAGCAGAGAAAAAGGACGGAAGCAAAAAUGUGACAAGGAUUGGUAAAUUCGAAGAAUCAAACAAGAGGCUUCAAGAAACUGUGGUUGAUCUUAAACCAAGAUCAAUGCGGGACAACCUACUGUUCCACAAUAUCGAGGAAUCCGAUGAAGAAAAUUGCACUAUUGGCGAGGUAAUCUAUAGCUUACUAGAGGAGAAGCUGGAUAUGUGAGACGCGCAUCAAACUAUUAAAAUCGACAGAGUGCAUAGAGUUGGCAGAAAACGAUAUAGUCGCAGGAAGCCAAGAGCUAUCGUCACCAAAUUUAAUUUUUUCCCAGAUUGAAAGAAAAUCUGCCGAAACGCCAGGAAACUGAAGCGAACAAGGAUUGGGAUCUCCGAACAGUUUCCAGAAGAAAUAGAGAAAUUGCGACAGAAAUUAUACCCCGAGAUGAGAAAAGCAAAAGCGGAAAAAAACAAAGAGAACGUUUAGUGCGUGACAAACUUUUUAUCAACAAUGUGGAAUUUAUUCUUGAUAACAGUUAA